AUGGAUGUUCAUGAAGCACUAGACAAAGCUAGAGCAGAAAAAGAGAGGCUGGAGGAAGAAGUUCGUACAAAAACAGAUCUCUACAAUAACUUAAGAAAAGCUCAAAUUGAAAUGGUAACUAAAUUUCAGGAAACAAAGUUGCAAUCUGAAAAGCAAGCCAAAGAACUGAAUGCCAGAUCUGAAGAGAUGAUAAGUAAAUUGGAGGAGAAACUUAGAGAUGUUGAAGAUCAACUGAAAUGGAAGAAUGAACAGUUUCAACAUCUUGAAGAAGCACAUGAAAGGCUUCAAGAGAGUUUUCGAUGCAGUAAAUCAGAGUGGGAGAAAGAGAAGUCAUUGCUUUUGGAUGAGAUUUCUUCUGUUCAAAGAAGCCUGGAUGCUCAACAUAGAAUAUCUGAAACCCUUCAGACUCAAUUAAAGAUAUGCAACCAAGCAUUAGCACAUGAACAAAGCUCAAAGAAACUUUUGGAAUUUGAAGUUUCUGAGUAUAAAUCACGUUUUGACAAUAUUUACUUGGAGUGCCAUGAAGCAAAGGCAACUAUUGAGAAGUUGUCUCACAAGAGAGAUGAAGAGGUUGCAGAAUUAAGAGAUACUUUAGCCACAAAAGAUUCUCAAUCCAAAGAGAUGGGGUAUAAAUUGGUGUAUUUAGAACAAGAAAAUCAAGAUCUAACAGCAUCUCUCAAAGAAUUCCAGGAAUCUCAGAUUGUGAAAAGUGGACCUACUGCUUCAUUGAAGAAACUUCAAAGGAGAUAUCAAGAUUUGGAACAAAUACACAAGAAGUGUAAAGAAAAUCUGGAAGAAAAAGAAGUUGAGUGGAGAUCUCAAUUGGAAAAGAAAAGGAAAGAGAUGGAUGAGUAUCUAUUAAAACUGAAAUUACAAAAUGAACAAGUUAAGCAAUUACAGGAGGAGUUGGAAAAUUCUAAGAUUCAGAAUCUUAAAGAUGUUUCAGAUGAUUUAUCACAGAAAUUUAUUGAGAUAGAGAAAGAGAAACAGUUGGUAGAAAACCAAAAUAUGUUACUUGAAACAAGCCUAAAAGCAUGCAAGAUUGAGAAUCAGAGUCUUGAAUGUAAAGCAAAUGAGCAGAAUGAAAAAAUUGUUGAUUUGCAACAUCAAGUAGUCUUACUAGAAACAUUGGUUACAGAAAGAACAGGGACAAUAGAAGUACAAAAGAAGGAUAUAGAAAAGUAUUUCAAAGUUAUACAAGAUAAAGAAAGCAACUUAGAAAAUGUGGUAAUUGGUUUUGAGCAAGAAAAAAAGAGCCUUUUAGAGGUGUUAGAAGAGAGAAACAAGAGGAUUGAAGAAGUUAUAGAAGAGAUGACCAAUGCUUUCAAGAACUCAGAAGAAAAACAGAUUGAGAAUGAUCUCAUACACCAUGCUUUAGAAAAAAUGGAGAUUGAAGUUUCUAAUUUAUGUGAGAAAAUGAAGGUCAAAGAUGAAUCCUUGUUGCAAGCUUCCCAACAUUCAGAAGAACUACAAGUCAAGAAUUUAGAAAAACAGAUUGAGAUUGAUGUUAUAAACCAAGCUUUACACAAAAUGAAGAUUGAAGUUAAUAAUUUAUGUGAGAAAAUGAAGUUGAAAGAUGAAUCCUUGUUGCAGGCCUCUCAAGAUGCAGAAGAACUACAAGUCAAGAAUCUAGAAAAACAGAUUGAGAUUGAUGUUCUAAACCAGGCUUUAGAAAAAAUGAAGAUUGAAGUUUCUGAUUUAUCUGAGAAAAUGAAGUUGAAAGAUGAAUCCUUAUUGCAGGCUGAAGAACUACAAGUCUUGAUGGGAAUCAAAAAAUUAGAAACUGAAAAGCUUAAAAAACAGUUUGAAGAUGAGAAAAGAGAGUUAGAGGCUGAAAAUCAAGGGUUACGUGAAGAUAUUACAAAACUGUUAUCUCAUAGGGAGGAUUUGAUAAGUCAAAUGGAAACAAUGUCUGAACAGAUGGGUGAAUUUUCUAAAGAUGAUGAGUUAUUAAUGGGUAUGCUGGAUAACAUGUUGAAGAAGUCCACUUUGAACAAGUAG